GUACGCAUCCAUUAUCGAGUAUUUAAAUCAACAUAUGACACUCCUUAUUUUUUCGUGAUUAUUAUUAAGAAACGUUCUUGUUCAAAAUAGUUGCAAGAGAUCAGGGAAUAUGAUGGUCAAACUUGAUGGUCAGUACUGUAUCUAGGAGGCGGUGUAGUCACAACCCAAAAACACUUUGCCCAAGAAAUGAGUUUAUUGCUGUGUUUGAUGGAAGUAAAAUUAUGGAAUAAUUGCAAUAGUGCUUUUCUGUAGAUAUUACAUUGUAUUUAUUCGUAUUAGAGACUUUAGAACUAUCGUUUAUGUUCGUGAAAUUAAUGCUCAGUGUGUGUAAACAUGGCGCCUGAACAUGUAAAUUUGUGUUUAUGUUCCGCGUUUUGUGUCACUUGUAACUGAUACAAGGUUUUCUUACAAAAUGCUCACUUCAUUCUCAGCCUCUGAGCUGGGGCAGCAAUGAACGUCUUUCGAGUCUUAAUACCUUGUGCGCUGCAGAGGAGUUGUUGGACGGGAGAUGACCGUAUGACCGGAAGAAUGGGAGCAUCUGCCUCCAAUUUAACAGGAGAGCCUCAAAACCGUGUCAGUUCUAUGAGCACGUCAUCCCGCCUGUCACCUAGUUUCCACCCCAGUGGCAUAGCUCCAUCUGGGACCUCUGAUCAGCUGGCAGUUGUCGUGAGAGAGAGAAAGAAAAAGGUGACAGGCUUUGCAACUCUUCGGAAGAAAUUCAUACGCCGUCGGCGGUCCUCUAAAGCUUGUGACCAUGGACGUGUACUACGAGAACUUGUGGCAGAUUGGGGUCCUUUGGAAGUGGGAGCUCUUUUGGAGGAAUACGAAGCACUUGCUGCUCUCAAGGACCUCUCGGUGCAGGCCGAGUUGGCACGACCCCCUGCAGCGACAUAUAAACAGGACCUUUCAACUCUUUACGAUUUCAAGUACUGUACAGAUGCAGAUUUAGUGUUUCGUGGAGUGUGCUUUCCUGUGCAUCGGGCUCUUCUAUCAGCAAGGUGCCCAUAUUUUCGUGACUUACUGGCUGGCUGUCCGGGCUAUGGUGCACGGAUAUGCUUGGACCUGAGAACUCCAGGGGUAGAUGUGCAGAUGUUUUCGGCACUACUUAGAUAUUUGUAUACCGGUGAUAUUUGUCCUCAUGACACUAGUAUAGAUCUCGGUCUAUUGCGGCGUCUUGGAGACGAGUUUGGUACACCUAAUCCAUUGGAUCAUGAUUUACGCUACUUGUUGGAAACUGGUGAUUAUGCUGAUGCUGCAUUGGUGUUUACAUCAGAUGGAGAUUAUCAGCGUCCCGACUCAGGCAGCUCAGAGUAUGGGUUUCGGCCCAAAUUGGAGCUACCGUGCCAUAAAGCAAUUUUGAGUGCACGCUCUCCAUUCUUCAGGAAUCUCAUACAAAGGCGUACACGAUCAGGAGAAGAGCAUACAGAACGUGCACUGCACAUACCAACACGUAUUGUCUUGGAUGAAUGUGUUAUUCCUAAGAGAUAUGCUCGGGUGUUGCUUCAUGCAGUCUACCUGGAUACAGUGGAUUUGUCACUCAUUCUGCGUGGCAGUGGAUGUGAUAGCAGUGCAGGCAGCCUUGGUGAGGUGCAGGCACUUACUAAUACUGGCCGAGCACGACCUAGCCCACUGGAAGAAGCAAUGGAACUUUACCAGAUUGGUCGUUUUCUGGAGUUGGACAUAUUGGCCCAAGGCUGUGAAGACUUAAUUCUUGAGUGGCUGUCGCUAGAAACCUUGCCUGCGGUGCUGAGGUGGGGUUCCCAGCCACAUGGUUCUGCCUGGGUCCAUCGCCAGGCUUUGCACUUCCUACGUGAAGAGUUCCAAGCUGUUGCACAGUCACCAGUAUUGCACCAACUUGACAAGGCCCAUCUCAUAGAUGCUUUGCAGAGUCACUUCUUGCAGGCCAGUGAGUUGGAAGUCUUGCAGGCUGUUCUUAAAUGGGGGGAACAUGAGCUCAUCCGUCGAAUGGAGGAUAGAGAACCCAACUUGCUGAGCCACACAGCACAUUCAGUGACCCGCAAAGGUGUGAAGAAACGAGAUCUCAGCGAUGUUGAAUUGCGUGAAAUCUUAUCAGAGCUCCUUCCUUUGGUGCGAAUGGAUCAUGUAUUACCACCUAGCAGUGAAGUACUAGCUCAUGCAAUUCGUCGAGGACUUGUUUCGACACCACCCAGUCACAUGAUUGGUGAUGAAAGGGAGAGUUUGCGUGUCAAUGCAUGGAUUCGAGGGGGUAAAAACAAUGGAUUGUUUGUCCGGCCUCGACUUUUCAUGCCCUAUUAUGAGGAAAUUAAAGCUCAGCUUGAAGACCAGUUGGUGCAGGAAGUUGAGUUGUUGCGGGUUCGCCGUGCACGAUACAUACCUGACAUUCCUGACACAUUGUACAUGGUGGAUGAAAAACCUCGGCCAAUGGGAGCAGCUGGUGUGGAUGUAUUAGCUGCUGCCCUACCUGUUCCAGAUGCAGCGACCAUGUCAGCAAUGUUAAAACGUGAACAAAAGUUGCGGCAAUCCCCCAGUUGUCAACGUGCCAUAUCCCUUCCACUCUCAUCGCGCCAUGAGAUCAACCGGCAAGUGCGACUACGUGUUGUACGCGAAUUCAAUUUGCCAGAUGCUGUUGCAGACCUUCUGGAGAAUGCAGCCUGUUAUUGUGCACAAGAUGAGGAGGAUACUGACAUGCGUGCUGAGGAGCCUUCACCUGCACCAAUGCAGCCUCCGUGCCCUGCCAGCCUCCCUGCAUUUGGACGCAAUAUGACAUUCCCACGUACGCCAGCUGCCUUUUCUCAGCGCCAUGAGCUGCCUGCUGUAGUGACAGAAGGGGACACUUACCGGGUCCAUAAUGAGCCGGAAAGCAGUUCAUGCAGUGAUGGACACCUAUCUGAUAUCAUGCCUGAUGUUGCUAUGGCAACUGCCUCAUUCGCCCAGCUGCAACUCCAGGACCAAGGUGGUGAGCUGGAACUAGACCUGGGUGAUGGCACAAGUCACAUGCACCCACUGGGUGCUGGCGGUGGCGGUGGUAGUGUGCCAGGACCCAUUCUUCCCCCAGCAGCACAUGCUCUUCCACCUGGGGGCUACCACCGAUACUUGGCUGGUCCUGGACCUCCGCCCCCAUAUCCCCACCACCGACCUUCCCCUGGCCCUCACUUGGGGAAUUUAGGUGCAGGCACCUACCACACAGGACCCCCGCGCUUCAUAUAGUGGCUAUUCAUAUGGUGCGGCGGCCGUAGGCUGGAGGAAUGAGUACAGUAUAGAUGAGGCAGCUUCUGAAAGAACAGCCUGUGGGAAGUGGCAGGAUUAAUAUCCUAUGCCUGGGGACCUGAGAGACUCUUACCCUAGGCAAGGAUGAGGUCUCUAGUGUUGCUCUGCAGUGGUGCAAGGUGUACAUGGAGCCCAAACUUUAGGCAUGAACUGCUGCCUGAUGCAGAUUGGUGGGUGAGCUGAAGCCACGCGUGCAUUUCUGCUCAGGGUUGGCAGCGAUAGUGCACUUAUGGGCUUUCAGUGCACAGGGCAACUGUAGUGAAAGAUGUGCAGUGUAACGUAGUUGGGUGUUAUUGAUGCUUGUUUUUUCAAUGCCAUGUACUGUUUAUCUAUGUUAUAACGUGUACAUUUUUUUGUUCAGUUUUAAGGGAAAAGUAUGUUACUUUUUUUCUUUUUAUUGUUUUGAUAGAGAAUAUAUGAAAUUGCAGGAUUAGGGACUUUUUUAAGUGCAGUGCUCUCCCCAAAAAUAAUUUAUUGUUAAUGUUACUUAUGUUUGUUGCCUCAGUGUUGGGUGUGUAUAAAUUCAGAGCAGAAAUGCUGGCCUGGAUUGCAAGUCCUGUUAAGACAUUAAAGCCAUAUUCUUUGCAUCCAUAUUAAAUUUACUUUUUCCUUGUAUAUUCAUUAGAGAUUAAUUACUUGGAUAUGUUAGAAGGGCAUUUAGUCAAAUACGUAUGGGCAAUGAUUACAACAAUUCCUAAUUUCCAAUGUUCAUAAUGCAAAUAAAGUCGUUAAUAAUUAAGUGGAUUCAAGGUAGUGUUUUCAGAGAAUGCAUAUGAAUGCUUUGAGUAAGCCAAGAAAGUCUUUCUGCAGUAGAUUGUUAACAUUUCUUUAAGGUCAUUCUGAACCACAUGUUAUGCUCAGGUAGAGCACAGUUGGUUUUUGACUUUACACAAUGUGAUUAACAGUUUUUCAUUUACAGAUAUGUGGGUUGAUAAGCAAAAUAAAAGUGGGAAAAUUAAAAUAAUUAAAGGAGAACUCAAAUGUCAUUGAAGCUUUAAUCCAGUUGGGGAAGCAAAUGAAAAAUUAAGACUAAUCGUAUUUUGGAUCAUUCCUUAGGUAUACCAAUGUGCUGAGCUUGGGGUUUAACAAUAUAAUUUGUUCUCAUUUUUAAUGACACCUGUCAUUCCCGCCAUUGUCUGCAAUAAUGCUGUAUGCGGACUAUUCCAAAAUGCAAGUUUUAAUCUUGGAUGCAAUAAUUGCUCCUGCAGUCACAGAGCACUGUGCCAUAUACAAUUGUGCAUGCAUGAUAAAUUUGCUAACAUAAUGUAUACCGUAUGAUACACGUACUUUCUGUGCAUGACAUGACAGUUUCAGUGUGACCUACAUUUUAGUUGAUCAAGUAUAAGUCUUCCCUGUACAUGUGGUCAGCACUGCCUAGGAUAGUUGAAGGCUGUGGUGAUAUUAAGUAGUGCUAGUUUCACAUUUCUGUGAUUAUUUUUUACUAUAAUCGAAUGAUGGUUAUGUUAUCUGUACAUUGUGGUUUGGUUACUUAACAUAACUUAUUGUACAAGUGAUAUUGUUACAAAUUAUGUUAAAUAUGUGAUACUUACCAAACUUGUGUGCGCUCUUGGCACUAGAUUAGGAUAUUUUCUGAGGCCAUGCCUCACACUGCUGUGAGCUUUGGGAAUGCAGAUUGGAAGAAUGUGUGGAAUUUCCUGAAGAACAAGACUUGUCGAGGAAAUCUAUGAGGUCAAUAAGUGUUUACCGAAUUAAUUUUUUGGUCCUACAUUUUCAUGCAUUUUAAAUUUUAAAAACUAAUGUUACAAUAUAUCUGGAUGAAUCUUCUGAUACAUCACACUUAACAUGAUUAGCAUAAAUUACUAUUGGAACUCAGUGAUCAGCUUUGUGUAAGUUUAAUUUGUGAGAAAGUUUGAAGAAAAGGAGAACUAAGACAAAAUUAUCUGUGAAAGCCUCUAUUAUGCAACAGGUGAUUAAAUUUGUUAUUCCACCAUCUUCCGAGAACAAAAUUCUAAAUAUAUAAGGCACAUUUGCAAAUAUAUUCGCACAAUAUAUUAGCAGAUAUAUUUACCCGUUUCCAGGGUAAACAGUUAAAUUUUUUUUCUCUUCUUUCUGUCUUUGUGAUCAAAUUAUGGAGUAAAUUUCUUUCUACCUUACGAGUUCUUGUUUGGUUGUCUUUACGGGGAAAAAAUGGCAAUUUAACAUAGUGAUUCUCUGGCAAGUCUUUGGACUUUCAAUGAUGUGAACAUAUUUUCUUUUGUAGGUUUGUUUUCUUUUAAGCUUGGUACUGUUUUCCUGCUGCCAAGUGUGUACUUAUGUGUUGAAGCUCCUCAAGUACGCUUAAAUGAGUAUUACCUUUAUGUUCUUGUUGUACGUUCAUAAAAUGCUAGUUGCAUAGCUUUAUUGCACUAUAUUGCAACAGAGACAUUUGCCUUGUAUUCCUCUUUGUUUCUUUCUUUCCUUUCUCCAAGUUGUGGCCAUGAGUUGGUGUACUUGUACUUCACAAGCAUUUUGUUGAAACCAUUUCAACGUAUUAAAGAUGCAUUGUUAAAUAUUUAGUCAAUUUUUUGACUUCUUAACAUCACCAAGUUUGAGGUAAAGCAACAUGGGAUUGGAAAAAGGAGAUAUUCUGAUUGUCCUAACAACUCUCCAGAAGUAAUUAAUUUUGUUGCUGUUGCUGUUUUUGUUUUAUUGUAACAUUUUUGAGUCUUCCGUUUUAAUGUUUUUGUUUUUUUAAAGAAUGUUUAAUGUAGAGUUAAUGUUGUGAAUGAGAAUCGCCCGAAGUACCCAGCACAAAAGCAAGCUGGACUCUUUUUGCAAAGCAGAGUAGUUUUGUAAAAUGCCUUGCUAUGUCAAGUGCAAUCUAAGCAGAGGAAUGAAACUUGUGACACCUAUGAUAUUAUGGUAUUCUCAAACUGUGGUAAGCUUGCUUCUAGCUUUAUACAGAUGGCUAGUAGAAGGUGUAUGAACAAAUUCCAUAGGAAGAUUUGAGGAAGAAACAAGCCACUUUACUGAAACAUCAGAGGUUUUCUCCACAUUCUUGUUAUUAUUUAAUAUGCAAGAUACAUUUUUUUAAAUUAAUUGAAAAAUGUAUGGUUAAUUUAUUUGGCUAAUCUUAUUAAAAAACAGUUGUUUCAGGAGAUUUCAUCAUCAGGCACAUUGACCCUUUGCGCUCCUAUGUUAUGUGAGGCUUGUCAUUGUGUAAUUGAUCUUUCACUCUGAUGUGAAGACAUCCAACACUUAGUUUUCAUUCUUUUAUGAGCUCUGAAUUAGAAUUUUGACAGGAUACUCACAACUACAAAAUUAACAAUUGGUAGAUGUCUUAUCAUGCCCAUUGUUGGACAAUUUCAUAUUAGUUUGUAGGCUACUAAUUGGUUUAACUAUUAUGAUAUGGAGCAUCUAAUGUAUCUUGUUACAAUAGCUAAAUCAUUGCAGCACCAGUAACCAAGCGUGUUCAAUUUCCAGAAAUUUUGUCAAAAAGAAAAAAGGCACCAUCACACAGUUAACAAGUGUAAAGAAUGGGGAGAAAAAAAAUUAUUAUAAUUUUAAAUUGUAAGAUGGUUUGUUAGACUAUUAACUAGUUCGAAGUGUGGUGAUGUCAACAUAACUUGUUCUAAUUUUGUGUUAAUCAAAAUGCAUCUUCUUUAGAGAUCCAAAACUUACAAACCACCAAUGCUUUGCAAGCGCCGCAGUAAUGCACCAGUGGGAUAUUAAUUAAGAGGUGACAGGAAAGCAGGACCUGAAGAAUUAGCAGUGCAAAGGUUAUUCUUUUAGUUCUGUACGAAGGGCACGGUCUUAAAAAGUUUGAGAACCUCUGGUGUAGACUGUAGAUCGUUAGGGGUUUACAAAGAGCACGGCCCAGGAUUUGUUGGUUGUUGUGAAUUUUAACUUAGCUUUUGUCAAAAACCAGUCUUUUAUAGCCAUAAAAUCUUGUAUUAAUGAAGAAUAUUAUGCCUUGUGUUUUUGUGAGGGACUCUUUAAUUCAUUCUGGUAUGUUAAAAAAAUGUGAGCUUUGAAUUUUAAAAUAAUUCUGAAAGAGACUCCCAAUUAUGUGCAAUCUAAAAAAUGUCCGUUUUGUUGAAAGUGGUUUUGGGAUAAGAAAAUUCUUUGGAACUUAAGAUUUCAAUUUAUUACUAAUACAUGUACACUUGGCCUCAUUGGGGUUUCACGACUACAAAACCUUUGUGAUUGAAAAGUCAAAAUUAACUUGUAGCCACAACUCUUGUUUGUCUAUAAACUCCUCUAUGCUCUCUCUCUUUGUUCCAAGGAAAAUUUCCCAUCAAUAUCUUAGGAUGAUUCUACAAUGUGUUUAUUGACCUAAAAAAUAUAACAUGCAAAAAUAUUUUUGCUAGUUUUGUACUUAAGUUACUGUUUACUCAAGUAAUUUUUUAUUGUAGAACCAUUAGUAUCUAGCCUAACAUGGGGAAAAUAAUUUUUUUGAGAAUUUGAGAAAACUGAUCAUUGUUCUGAGGUGAAAAACCAAAUGUAAGUGUACUACUAUUUCACAUUUUAAUAUUUCUUUUAAAAAUUGUGUAAUGUGCAAAAAUAUUGCUGUCCUGGUAAUAUUAUGCUGUUAAAUUACAAACUGUUAUUUUAUUUAUAGGGGUUGAAAUUGUUCAAAUGUAGGAAAACUGGAUAAUAUUUUGUAAUUUUUGGUAUUGCUUUAGUUUAAUGUUUUUGCUAUUUACGUAAGUAUGAGAUUGUGAUACGAUUCAUUGGAAGUAACUUUGAUGGCAUCAACAAGGGCAAAUGGUUAAGCGUUUAAUAAGAAAAUAAUGUGUAUUGUGCUGUAAAAAAGAACUGCAACAAACAUAUUACGUGCUUAUGAAAGAAAAACAAAAAAUAAUAUCAAAUCAAAUAUCUAGAAAAUUGUUUAAUCUGAAAGUUCAAAGGGAUUUUUAUUAGUGGCAAUGUGAAUAAACUAAUAUUAAUAUCUAGAAUAUUUCCUUGAUGUUUUUUACAAUCUCGGGUCUCCUAGUAUACUAUUUCGAUUCUGUUCAUGACAGUAUUCGUCUGUUUGGCUUUUGAAAACAGCAAAUGAAAACAUCAUUUACCAAUAUUUUCAAUCAUUUUAUCUAACCGCAUCUCCUUGGCUGUCAAAACUUAUAACAUAUCUUACUACAGGAAUGCCUCAUGCCUGGAAUGCUUCAUGUAUACUUUAUAGAAACAUCCGUGUCCAAUGAACUCGCCACCCUUUGACAUAAAUGUGCUAUAGUACUCGCACCUUAACUCAGUUGUGUUAACUCUGAUUGGUUUAUUUUUAAUUAGUUUACCAACUCUUCAUAAUCAAAACAUAAUCAACUUCUAAACUUGUUGAAAUCAUAUCAGUGUUAAUUUUUCAGGAGUGUAUUUUGCUGAUUUUCUCUUCUGAAAGGAGAGAAAAUAUUUGUUUCAGUAAAAGAGAAAAGACAAUGAAUGACAUUAAAGAUUAAUUAGAGUAUAUAUUGAUAUAGUAUGAUCUGCUGGAAUAAAGAAUGGAUAGUAGAGUUAUUUAUUGGGCUAAUACUGUUUAUUUAAAAGCAAAUACAAAUAAGAUUGGUAAAUUUUAUCAAGAAAGCAUUUUAAUCUAUUUUGCAAGAAUUGAAUUGCUUAUUACCAUUGAUUUGUUUAGUUGAUGUGCUUUUAAUUAGGCACAAUUACAACACAUUUACACACACAUUAUGAAAUUUGUAUAAAGCUUGAUCAUAGUUUCUGGAGAAGUUGAAUUAUGUAUGUUUGAUGUCCACUUUGGAGAAAAAUAGCCCCUGAAUAUGUUCAAUAAUUGUCAUCAUGGAAGAAUUAUACAUGUUCUCUUUGAUCAUUUUGAAUUGAAAGAAUAACGAUAUGAUUUGACUUGGACAACAAACAUUUUGAGAGUUGGAACCAAGCAUAUUUCUAAUGUUAGUAAGGUUUGUUAUUUCCUACAAUAUGUAAAAUUCUUGGAAAAUUUGGUAAUUAUAUUUAUAGUUCGGUAUUCACCUCAUUCGCGUAGCUUUUUCUUUUACAUAUGCAGUUAGGUGCCAAAUGUUCAUGGAUUGCAUUACAAGACGUGAAAGCAUAAGGUUUGCCCUCUUAUUUUACUGAGCAGCAGAGGUAAAAAAUAAUUCAUUUUGGAAAACUAAAAUCUAGAUGUUGCCUAGAAAAACUUGCAGUUUCACAUUUUAUGGUUUUCAAUUGACUAUAUAAUCCCUUUUUGUGAAAAAGAUCUAAAACAGUCUUUAAUUAUUAACUGAAAUUACACAGGUUGUGCAAAGUCACUUUAAUGAAGUUUUAUGAACAUUUGUAUUCUUUUCUCAGUGCAUUAUGAUGCCUCAAAUGUUGUACAAAUUAAUUAUAAAAGGUUUUCCUCAUAAAUUUGCGUACUACACCUUUGGUUUAAAUCAAAAAACUCAGCAGAGUAUUCGCUAGGUUCUAUUUGGCAAAACAUUCCAACAGUCUUCAGUUUGUUGCAACAACUACUUGAAACUAAUCAGGGCCUAGAAAUUAUUCUCCUCAGUUUUGGGCAUUAGAGAAAAUAGCUUUAUUACUUCAUUGUGAAGGAAAGAAUUAAUCUUAAUUUCAUCAUUCAGUUGGUGUUAUUAAUCAGAUGCACCAGUUUUUGUUUGAUCAUUCCUUCUUUAAAGGGUUACAAAUGUUUUACUGUAGUUUGGAGUUAAAGAAAAACAAUUUAUGUGCAAGAUCCACAUGUUCAUUGGCACUGGUUGCUUAAGUUCAUGAACAUUAAGAAUCUUUAUUGUUAUUUCUUUUUCAUAUCAUGAUCAAAUUAUCUUUCAUACAGCUUUAUAUAUCAUUCUCUAUACUAGAAACUACUAUUUAUCACUUACAGUACAUUAUGUUAUUUCUAAACCGAUAUUUUAGGAGGGAAUUAGAAGCGACUUGCAUCACAUGCCCCAUUGUGUGUUUGCAUACUACGCUGUCAUGUAUUAACGUGCCAAAAAUUUUACAAUGAUAACUUUUUUAUUUUUGUGUUUUGUUGAACUGAGAGUUUUUGUUUCCAAAGUCCUGUGUUUGUACUUGGUCCUAUUCAUCUUUCCUUAAAGAUGUGUACUCACUUAUCUUAAUCACAUGUUGAUUACAUUUUUGUUUUAGUUCAUUCUCUGAACUGUUUUCUUUUUGGGUUCUAAGAAAUUUUGUCACAUUUUUUAAGUUUGGUAGGAUUGUAAAGUGGAAGAAUUAGCUUUUCAAAGUUGUGUGAUGCAGGCCAUCUAUGUGUAUUAGACUCGAGAAGUUAAAGCCCUUGUGAGGGGAAAGUGUAGAAUUUUCAAAGUGAUUACUUUCUAGUUUGCUUGUUGGUGGCAAAUAUUUCUUCAAGAGUUGAAUAAAUUGCUAAGAGAAAAGUAGGAUAAUACAAAAUAUACACAUAUAUACUUAAGUCUCAAGUGAUGUAAAAUAAUGUUCAAUCAUGUUUUUCAUGGUUCUGUAAACUCAUUCUUCAACAGUGUUUUUAAAUACUUUUGGUAGAAUUUCCUGCAUGAAUGAAGUCUUUUUACAAGUACUUAUCUUUCUAGCAUUUUUUAAAAUUUUUUUUAAUUUCUAUGAAAACUUGAAAGCUUUAGUGAUUAGCCAAGACUUACCUGUCUGCUGAUCACUACAUGAAUCCUUGGUUUGGUUAAAAUCGAGAAGUGGUUCAGAUUUGAGGUUGUUAACUUUGAUGUACAAACAUUAACUUGAAGUGUUUUUGAAUUUAAAUAGAGUUAUCACUAUCAUAUUUUCAAUGAUAAUUUACAAAACUCUUUAUGUCUUUGUUUACUUGUUGUGAAUGUUGCAUUUGUACAGUUAGAUCUCAGUGAUACAGAGAGUGUAAAAAGUGAAUAUAAGUAAUUGUAUGGUUACAUUAACUUUGGUAAAUAUGUGGUAACAUGAAAUAAUACAUAUAUCCAGAUCUGAUAGGCAAGUUAUUUCAUGAAUACAUUUCAAAUAUAUAUUGUUGCAGUGACUAUGAAUAUGAAUAGUGAAUGUUUUUGAUGUUACGAGUGAAUGUAUAUAUAUAAAUAUAUAUGAUUAAGGCUAGAAUUAGAUAUGUUUGCGUAAGCUUCAGUUAUUUUCAUGUUACAACGAAGCAGCUAACAUAAUUUUUAUUACAUACCUUGUUAGUUGCUGGUUAUUACUCUUAUUUUAUCAUGCAAUACAGAAUAUGGGCUGUCACUUAUUCUGUCGUUCAGCAAGUAUAGGUAUGUUUCAUUUCCUUAUGAAAAUAUACCCUUAAAUUGAAAACAUUUCUGAAAGAUACAAAUUUGCUUUCAUAACAUGGUAUGAAACUUCCAGGAGUGCAUCACUUCAAGGGACCAGAAAAAAAACUUGGUAACUGACAGUUUGUUCUUGACAUCAGAUGCAUUAACUGUAAUAAGGUGGAUAUGGCUUCAAAUCAAUCAUGCACUCCAUGUUAAACUUGAAUGAUAGUUUAUUGAAUGGUACAAUAAAUAUUGUGUUCAAGGCAUUGUCUGGUGCUUGAACUGCACUCAAAAUAAGAUAACUUGGACCUUACAGUAUGUUUUUAUACAUAAAAUUAUAUAAUAUAUAUUCUGUACAUGGUACAAUAAAGGAUCUUGGAUGUGAACUUGGUGUCUUCAGUGGAAAAUGGCAUGAACUUUACAUCAAAGUGUGUGUAUGUGUGAGUACAUUUUGGAUGAUUGUUAUUUUAAUUAAGGUGAAUUGUGUAUGCAUACCCUCCCCUCCCUGAAAAAUCUUAAUUAAAAUGCUAUAAAAACAAGCAGGAAACUUGAAAGGAAAAUAGUUUGGGAAUUCAAUAACCCAUGCUGACAAACUUAAUUUUUUCAUUUUAUUGAUUAGUCUACAUGUUUGGAGAAAUACAAGUUAAUAUUUUCUACCGUUUUAACUUGAAAAUUGGUUCACCUACAGUUGGCUAAGUAUGUCCCAACGGUCUUGACCAUUAGCUAUCAUUUGCAAAAUACACUACAUUUGAUCGUCCCCCUCCCAUGAACCAAUUUUUUAUGUAAAAUUCAAAUAAAUUUUUGCUUAAAAUUCUUUGAACAUGCUAAAACUAAUAGUCAUUUAAAUAUUCAAUGUAUUGCCAACAAGAUUUACUGAAACCUAAAUUUUGUUUUUGAGCUUUCAGUUUGUUUCUUUGGCGUUUCAUUUAAUAUUUUAAGUAAAUAAAACAAAAUGCUUUAGCUUUGUAAAAAUAAUGGCCUCUUUAGUAAGAAUUAGUGAUUUUUCCUCCAUUUUGCCCAGGGAUUGUUUAUAGUCUUAAUGCAAUGAUAGAAGAGAGCAUUGCCUGUGUACGAUUAGAUUUAGGCCCUCAUGUAUCUGAAUAGCUGUCUUAUACAGCCAUGUAAAACAUUGGAUUUACAAGUUUUUGCCUAUAAACGUAUUUAUUUGAAUAAGAAAUAGAAAACUGUUAAACAACUUGUGCAAAUGAGUCUGUGUCAAAUGAACAGCUUCUAGUCAGUUGUACUUGGUAACAUACUCAUUAACACAUUUACGUGUCACUUACAUGUGUUAACUACAAAGCAGAAAAUGUAGAUAUUUCAUUACUAUUAUCAUGAUCAGAAUCAUCACUUGCAGCAGCUUUCCCUGAAAAUGAUACUGCUUUGUGCACUCGAUAAUUCUUCUAAGGUUCCUGACUUUCCUAUUUCAUAUACUUUCUUUUGCCAAGUGACAUUGAAUAUAAUUAAGGCUCCGAUGUUAAUGUAUCAAAAUGAGAAAUAUGUAUGCAAAUAUGCUUUAGCAUUUGUAAAAUACGUGCUAGAAGUGAACAAUUACAAAACUUUCUUUUGUCUCGACUUUGUACUCCAGCGAUAAUUUUUAAAGUAAAAUAUAAUAAUUUCAUCUGUAUCAAUUCCAAUGCCGCUCAUUCUUUACCCAAAAAAAUUAUCACAUCAUUAAUAAUGGGACAAUUAGUUCGGGCAAACACUGCAGUAACGAACAAAAGACAUUCCCAUGGUUUUUCAUGAACCGCAUUCGUAUUAACAUGUAUGAAGUACUCUUAUCGGUAUGAGAAAACAGAUAUGCAUAGUAACUGAAAUUUCAAGAAAAAUAUGCCACAUCAAGAACAAAAAAACAGUAUAAUAUGACUAAGAACUGAAAUAUAAUGGAAGAAUGAUGCAUUAACACAAAUGCACUAAUAUGCUAAAUAAAAUCCCAGAAUUUCUUUCCGUUCGAUUGUUUUGUGGACCUUUGAUAAUUAGCACAUUAUAAAGUUCAUAAUUUUAAACAUGAAUUCUGGGCCUUAAUAAUAAUAAUAAUAAUAAUAAUAAUAAUAAUAAUAAUGUAUUCCACUCUAGAUAUUCUCUUAAAUUAAUUUCUGCGCUUUUUCCCCUCAUGAAUAGAAUCUUACUGUCUGCUUUUGAAGCACAAAUUUCUAUUGUGGUUUAGCAUUUAACUAAUUUGGACGAAUCCCCUGACGCAGAAUUUGUCUAAUUGAGAUUUCUGAAAUAAAAUUAUAAAUGCCAGCCUGGAUAGACGAGGUUACUAAGGCUGAAGGGCUGUGGGUUUGAAUCCUGCCUUAUGCAUGGAUGUGUGUGUGUGUUUGUGUUGUCCUUACAUGUUCUUCUACAGUCCCCUUAUA